CUCAGUCACUCACAGCAGCUGAAGUGCAUCACGUUAAUAAAACGGUCUCCCUGCAGCGUGCUGCUGCUGACCCAGGAUCUCUGAACGUCGCACGCAGAGGCCGCUGUCACUUUAACAAAAGUUCAGAGUCCGAAAAAUUCUUCGAGGCUUCAAAAUGGAUCUGAGGAAGCUGGCUGCGGACGCAGUGUCCCAGAAUAAGAAAGCCGCUCUCCUGAUCGGCGGAGCCGGAGUUGCAAUUCUGGGACUCGGUCUUGGAUAUAAAUACCUGCGAAAGCCAGAAAAAGCUGUUCGUGUGGGCGUAGUGUCGCAGCUCCUCAUUCACCCUCUCAAGUCUGGCAAAGCGGUGCCUUUGGCGCUUGCAGAGUGCCAGAAAAUGGGGCUGAAGUUCGGAGAGCUGCAGGAUCGACACUGGCUGGUGGUGACAGAGGACGGUCACAUGGUGACAGGCAGACAGGAGCCACGUCUGGUUUUGGUGUCUCUGACCUGUGAGGGAGGACAGGUUUGCUUAAACGGCCCAAACAUGGAGGAACUCAAGUUCCCCAUCAAACAGCCCGACAACCCCGUCCUCGACUGCAGAGUGUUUGGCGUUGACAUUCAGGGCCGGGAUUGUGGUGACAAAGUGUCUCACUGGCUUACUCAUUACCUUAAGGCAGAGAAAACCUAUCGCCUGGUGCACUUUGAACCUUGCAUGAGGCCUAGAAAACGAGCUGAGAAAGAGGCUGUUUACCAACAAUUUGAGGAGGUGGCCUACCCAGAUUUUGGACCUGUGAUGCUGCUGUCAGAGGCUUCUGUUAAGGAUCUCAGCAGCAAGUUAGAGAAGGGAGUCACGGUUGAGCGCUUCCGCCCCAACAUUGUGAUAAGUGACUGUAAACCAUUCGAUGAGGAUUCGUGGGAAGAGCUCCAGAUUGGCAGUGUGCGACUGCAGCGUGUAAUGGCAUGUGGAAGGUGUCUUUUCACCACAGUCGAUCCAGAGACUGGUGUAAUCAGCAGAAAAGAGCCUCUGGAAACACUGAAAAACUAUCGCCUGUGCAAACCAUCUGAGAAGCACAUCUAUAAAACUUCUCCACUGUUUGGACAACUGCACAACGUGAAGAAGACGGGCAUCUUUCAGGUUGGCGAUGUGGUUUACAAGAUCACCCGCUGAUAGAAGGCGUCAGGAGAGAGGGGCCAAACCUGAAGUCAAAACACUCAGAAGUCACAAGUCGUCUUUGAUAUCAGACUGAAGAAAGCACUUAAAUUCAUGUAGUGUAAGCAAAUAGGAGAAUAGAAAUGGACAGAAAUUAACUGCUUUGAAAUAACAUUUUAAAAAGUAGCACAGCAUUAGUAUUAAUCAUUCAGUUUGCCAGCCCGGCCUUUUUUCCUUUUUCCGUUUUUUUUGGUCUCAAUUUCUGAUGAUUUGACCGCCUCUUAAUCAGCUAAUAGAACCUGAUUUGAAAAUAUUGCUAACAUCUGCUCAAUAUUCCAGCUGGUUAUUAAAACCUGAAAUUACAUGCUGCUAUUGAAGAAAUAAAUAAAAUUGCCUUAAGUCUUUGUACUAAAGUGCUUCCUGGAAUGAACACGGCAGAGACGUACUGCUGGGUUUGAUCACUUCUAGUGUUAAACUUUGCAAAACUAUUUGUAAAUCAUCCAUCUCACUGCUCAUAAUUACUUUUUAAUGGCAUAUUUUGAAAGGAGCAUCCUUUUUUACACUAUCCAUCCCCCGUUUUUCACUGUCGUGUCUUCUUAUUUUGUGUUUUAAAAAGGGCAAGCUUAAUUGCGCAUGUAUAUUUAAUAGAUACUAAAAGUUCUUAGUGUGAUUCCUAGAAAAUGGCAAGGCUGCU